GACAGCAGGUGACAGGCUGGCAGCUCGCACUGGUGUCACAGAGAAGUUCCAUGAUAACAGCACAAAGUCAUCUUACCAGCUGCUGGAGAACCUUGGACAUGGAAGACAUACAAUCCCUACUUCAUGGUUUUAAAUAUUGAUCAGAGACAGCAAUACCUGGGUGUUGCUGCAGGAUGUCCUGUGGUGAUGCAGAAACUGCUGCGUACCCAGUGUGUAACCACCGUGGGCAGGAUCAAGGCUCCACUCUCCAACUGAGCACUCUGAGUGGAAGUAGCAAGUCUGCAGCGUUGUUGGAAGUCAGGAGGAGCCUCAACACCAUGCAGUAUUCUCCUGUGGCAGUAAAUCCCUCCAUGGAUAAGGGACCUGGGAUUCCCCAGAGCCCUGGGGAAGGCAAAAAGGCUGCAGCCUGCUCAGACAGUGGAGCUGGCAGGACCCGGAGCACGGAGUGCUUCCAGAGCCAAUAUCUGACCAAAACCAGCACCCAGGGACAGGUUUACAACUUCCUGGAGAGGCCCAGUGGGUGGAAGUGUUUCAUCUAUCAUUUUGCUGUGUUUCUCCUGGUACUGAUUUGUUUAAUAUUCAGUGUAUUGUCUACUAUAGAGCACUAUUCUGAGUUUGCCAUUGGAACCCUUUUCUGGAUGGAAAUAGUUCUGGUGGUGUUUUUUGGUGCUGAGUACCUGGUCCGGCUGUGGUCUGCAGGCUGUAGGAGUAAAUAUAUUGGUUUCCAGGGGAGGAUGCGGUUUGCCAGGAAGCCAAUAUCCAUCAUUGAUCUGAUUGUGGUAGUAGCCUCAAUUAUUGUUCUGAGUAUAGGAUCUAAUGGGCAGUUGUUUGCCACUUCUGCAAUAAGGGGGAUUCGCUUUCUCCAGAUCCUUCGGAUGCUUCAUGUUGACCGCCAGGGAGGCACCUGGAGACUCCUGGGGUCAGUGGUUUUCAUCCAUCGACAGGAACUCAUAACCACGCUGUACAUUGGAUUCUUGGGAUUAAUUUUUUCAUCCUACUUUGUUUAUCUUGCUGAGAAGGAUGCAGUUGAUGAGGAUGGAAAGACAGGUUUCUCCAGCUAUGCUGAUGCCCUUUGGUGGGGUGUGGUAACAGUCACAACAAUUGGCUAUGGAGACAAAGUUCCCCAGACGUGGAUUGGGAAGACAAUAGCUUCCUGCUUCUCAGUGUUUGCCAUCUCCUUCUUUGCCCUGCCAGCUGGUAUUCUGGGGUCUGGUUUUGCCCUGAAAGUACAGCAGAAGCAACGUCAGAAGCAUUUCAAUAGACAAAUCCCAGCUGCAGCUUCCCUAAUUCAGACCCUGUGGCGCUGCUAUGCAGCAGAGAAACCCUGCACCUCCACAGGCACCUGGAAGAUCUAUGUGACAGCUCUCGCACAAAAUCCCAAAAAGCCUCCAGCGCCAUCUAGUCCCCGUCUGAGAAAACAGGCCAGAAGAUACAGAAGAAAAGGGAAGCUGGGCAGUGGAAAUGGCUCUGCACCUGUAAUAAACCCAGAAGCAAAUUCCUUGUCUGUUCCCCAGAUCACUUAUGAUCACAUUGAUGAACAGGAGGACAGAAAAGAUGUGUCCUUCUACAUUGAUGAACCCAAAGGUAACUUACUUAUGCUCAGUUUAUCAUUUUUCAAUAGACAAACUUACAAAGAGUUGACGUGA